UGUUCUUCUUUCGUCACCUUCUUCACCAUCAAUGGCGACUGCGUUACUCCGGCGAGCGAUAUCCAGAGUGCCGGCAUUGUCGCCGGCGAUCUUCUCCCGUGCCCACGCGUCGGCGGCAGAAGCCCAACAAGUCGAGCCCAAGGCUAAAUCCACCACCACCCCCAAAACCUUCCAAAUCUACCGAUGGAACCCUAACUCUCCCCAGAAGCCCGAGCUCCAGAAUUACGAAAUCGAUCUAAAGGAGUGCGGCCCCAUGAUUCUCGACGCCCUAAUCAAGAUUAAAAACGAGAUGGAUCCAACCCUAACCUUCCGCCGCUCCUGCCGUGAAGGAAUCUGCGGUUCGUGCGCUAUGAACAUCGACGGCCGUAACGGAUUGGCCUGUCUGACGAAGAUAUCAUCGGGUGGGCCCACGAUGGUCACCCCUCUGCCGCACAUGUUCGUGAUAAAGGAUUUGGUGGUGGAUAUGACGAAUUUUUAUAAUCAGUACAAGUCGAUUGAGCCGUGGCUGAAGAGGAAGAGCGAGCCUUCGUCUCCGGGGAAGGAGAUUCUGCAGAGCAAGGAGGAUAGGAAGAAGCUUGAUGGUAUGUAUGAAUGUAUCCUCUGUGCCUGCUGUAGCACAUCCUGCCCUAGCUACUGGUGGAAUCCGAAGUCUUAUUUGGGCCCUGCAGCUCUAUUGCAUGCCAAUAGAUGGAUAAUGGACAGUCGUGAUGAAUAUACCAAGGAGCGCCUUGAUGCCGUAAAUGACGAGUUCAAGCUGUACCGGUGCCACACCAUUCUGAAUUGUGCUAAAGCUUGCCCUAAGGGACUGAAUCCAGGAAUGCAGAUUCAGAACAUCAAGAAACUUGAGCUUACAAGUUAAAAUUCCUCAAAAUACACACGGACAAAUGAAUCCUGUGUGGGAAUAAUACCGUAAUGUUUGCAAAUUGGAUCAAUUUUCUACCUUAGUAAGUGAUUGAUUAGCACAGGGCGUGGAAAACGGCUCGCGAAGUAGAAGUAGAGGAUUUAACAGUCAUGAGAUUAAUCUUUCCCUUGUCAUGCUUUUCACAUGCUUGGAUACUGUAACUUGCGAGGGAGCACGCUUUUUCGUGUUUUAUACUUUACUUUGGAUAUUACGAGAGAGCAAAAUGUUGCUGCAUUUCACAAGGCUUAUUAGAUCCUCAGAGGAGUGUGUGUGUGUGCAUACUUUCUGCAUGCCUUACUCGAAACAUUAGUGUGUACAUUACUUAAAACAUUAGUGUGUUUGGUAUGACCUUGUUCUUAUUCAAUUUGAUACUUCAAAUGUCAAUUCUUAUUACCGACACGGUUUACAUAUGACCUCACACCAUUUCUCGUAUAUAUCAAAUAUGAAUCAUGUUCAUAUA